CUUUGUCAUCUUCGGAUGACUCAUUGACUUUUGACUCCCUCUCCGAUUAACCGAAUUCCGCCAAACCAAUCAACCCGACGACAAUAAUCGAUCUUUACUCCAAUUGCAAGCUUCCCAAACCCUAAUUUCCGAUUUCUCACACUAAAUUAAGUAAUUCUCUCUCCUUUUUUUCCCCGUUUACCACCCUUCUAAGAAAAAUUCCAGAUUAAAAUGGAAAAAAAGCCAUCUGAAUUUGAAGAUCUAUCAUCAGUACAAGCAGUUUUAGUUGGUGCAUUAGCUCCUGGAGUCAAUGCUCCAACAUGGACUACCUUGAAAAUGGUGUUUGUAAUGCUGGGUAUAAGUCUAACUUUGAUGCUUGUUCUGGGUUUUACAUCUAGUGAUACUGCUUUGAUUCUCCAUGUUGGGUUUCUUGUGCUCAUCUCACUUACCCUCUUUUUGCUGCUUACAAGCUUUCUUGAACAGACUGGUCUAGUUUCAGUUGAACAUCAAAUGCAGGAAAUGGGAUUGGUGCCCAAGGAUAGCAAAACAAGCGCAAAAACCGAGUGAAUUAAGAGUUCAAUAUCAACCUCGUAGCAAAGUUUAGACUUCAGAGCAAACACUUCAGAAGAAUAGAUCCUUUUUAAACAAUGAAAGAAUAUUUUUUCCAUCAUAAUACAGUAGUUCUCACAUCAUUACAGAACAAGUGAAAAGGAAGAAUACUACAGUUCCUCAUUACAAGAUGACAGAAUUACAGUACUUCAAUUAAUUGAAGAUGCUCACUCUGCCCUGUUGUUGUUUCUUUUUUUCGCUCCUUUUGGACUUCGUGUAACAGAAGCAGGAACACCAUGGGAAUUCCAGCAUGAACUUCAUCUUCUUCGUCUACGCUUCUGGUAUAAAGUCUCUAAAGGGUACAACACAAGAAUUAUUUCCAUCUUUCCAUUUCCUACAUAUAUCAUUCCUUGGAUUCUAUUCCUAUAUCUGGUUAACAAGGAAAGAAUGCAUGGCUUCCUUCUUAUGCUUUAUCAUUCAGGGCACACCAUGUUUUGCUUUGCCUUCCCAUUAGGUAACCUGUAAUGUUAUACUUUUCAAGGGAUAAAAAGCUUAAAUAAGAGAGAAGAGUAAGGUUUUGUCCAUGUAUUUUACCUGUUUUGUAAGUUAUAUGGGAAUAAUCUCAUUCAUGUGAUGCAAUUUCCAAGCUCAUUUUUUUGUCA